CUGCCUGCCUCGCUGCACAUCAAUGCACAGCACGAGCGACGCGUUUCACAGCGUUUUCCUUCAGAGGCGCGAUGAACAGAAACGAUACUAACUUCGAUCAGGACAUCUAUCAGGACUACAAUACUUCGUUCCCUGCAGCGAACCAAACAAAUGCAACACAAGAAGAGGAAGCAUGUGAAGUUUCUACCGAAAAUUUGCUGCACGUCUGUCUUCUGCCUUCUAUGUGCAUCAUUGUGCUGAUGUCAUUCUUGGAGCGCAGAGGCAAGGUUUACUCCUUUGAGGAGCGUUUCCCGUACCUCCGCGGCCGAUUCGGCAUCGUUGUGCCGCUGGACUUCACUGGAACACUGAGGAACCGAUGGUCGUACACGUUUGCCUUCAUAGUGGCAGCUCCACAAAUGAUCGAACUGAUCUUGGGGAUCAUUGUACCAUUUAACGUGCCAAAAUGGCUUAUAGCUCUCAUGUAUCUGGUGGCUGCGUUUGAAGUGGCCUUGGCUAAUCUGCCCUUUUUCAUCUGUCUGUCAACACCACACAGAGCAGUGGGAGGAGCUUUAGGCCUGUUAUACACACUUGUCUGGUUGUAUGUGGCAGUGUGGAAUGUCCAGUGUGCGCACAAGUUCUGUGAUGAAAGUACUUUUACUGGUAGUUUGAUGUGUUAUGAUGAGUUAUUGCAGUGGCCAUAUUUGCUGUGCCUGGGGUUCCUCCUCUGUCGCUUUGGCUUCAUAUUGGCAACUGAAGUGAAGAAUUGCCUGCAAAAACGCAACAAGCAGGCAGAAGAAGAUGCGGUUCUUCAGUCCCAUCAGUACAAAUAUGUACAAACACUACUGAGACGGCCUCCUGAACAGUCGUUGGAGAAGAGCUGGUUCAGAAGGAAGGUGUACGACUCGGAUCCUUAUUUUAAAUUCCCCAGCAGAAUGAUCGCCACUGCGGUUAUCUCUCUCGUCGGACUCUACAUGUUCAUUUCAAGUGAGCUAGUUUUGUCUUCGUUGGGCAUCAAGGAGCUAUACACUCUAGUAGAGAGACCCAGUUUUUGGACCGAAUACCUGGAUUACGCUGCAUAUGCCUGGUAUGUCUCAACAGCCUUAGCCACACUGUCAUCUGUGGCUCACGUUGGUCAUGUACUGAUAUGUUACAGGAAGCACAUGAAAAAGCUGCGGGCAGGUGAAAAAAGCUUCUUGCCAGUGAGGUUCCGAACGCCAGACUCUGCCGUUAGCAUGGUUGCUCUUGUGAGGUACCCUGGCUGCCAGAUCGCCUACACAAUAUGGGGUUAUUUGAUCGUGCAUUUUGCCCUGUUUGUGUUUGGGAUUGUCUUUGUGUUUCUGGUGGUCAUCCCAAUCCGUGAAGAAGGAUUCCUCUCCUGGCUGAUCGAUCUGAUCACCUUCCUGGCAAAUUUCUUCAUCGUGCUCGCCCUGCUGAAGCUGCAGGUCCUGCUGGUUCGGGUUUUCUUCCUGCAGGACAAACUGUCGCCUGAGGAUAAGCAGAAGCCCCUCGCGCUCAACAACAGGAAAGCCUUCCACAACUUUAACUACUUCUUCUUUUUCUACAACGUGAUCCUGGGACUGUGGAGCUGCAUCUUACGGCUGCUGAGGAGCGCUUUCGUCAGUUUGUUGUUGGUGUCCCGCAUCAACCGGACCGUCAUGCCAAAGGGCUUUGAGCUGUUGGAUAAAGGCUACCGUACAUGGAUAGGAAUGAUAAUGGCAGAUCAUUACCAUAGCAACUUGGUUUUGGUCUGCUUCUGCCACCUGCUGCUCAAACGCACUCUGGAGAGACACACAGCAGCCAAGUCUUACUCCAGCGUAGACCAGACCCCAGGGAGUCAACUAGAGGUCAGAGUCUGCGCCCGCUGGCUUCUCCUCUACACUCUGCUGAGGAACCCCCAACUCAUCCUGCUGAGGAAGCGCAAAAAACUCAACAACGACAACCAGGGACAGCUGGCCGUCGUCUGGGCCACAUUGCAGAUGCAGCAAGCGGAUGCAGCGGCCGCCGUCAAGUCAACUGAACCUUCACUCUUAGUGUAA